CAAACCUCAGCCCCUUAAGCGCAGCGUACACAUUUAAACCCACUGCGCCAAAGAUUGGCUGGGCAAAACGGAGGAAAAAAUUAAGGAACUCCGCUUUAAGAAGCGACUUUAAAGAGAGGACCAUGAACUAAAGUUGACUCGUACCGGUUGGACGUGAUUAAGUGCGUCACGUGUCAUGAAGCAACAUUCUUGUUUGCAAUGGCAGCCAUCCGUAAGAAGCUGGUGAUUGUAGGAGAUGGAGCAUGUGGAAAGACAUGUCUUCUCAUCGUUUUCAGUAAAGAUCAGUUCCCUGAGGUCUACGUGCCUACUGUAUUUGAGAACUACAUCGCUGACAUCGAAGUGGAUGGUAAACAGGUUGAGCUGGCUUUAUGGGACACAGCAGGACAGGAGGACUAUGAUAGGUUGAGGCCGUUGUCCUAUCCAGACACAGACGUCAUCCUCAUGUGUUUCUCCAUAGACAGUCCUGACAGUUUAGAGAACAUUCCGGAGAAGUGGACACCAGAGGUGAAGCAUUUCUGUCCUAAUGUUCCCAUCAUCCUGGUGGGGAACAAGAAAGACCUGCGCAAUGAUGAGCACACUCGCAGGGAGCUGGCCAAGAUGAAGCAGGAGCCAGUGAAGCCUGAGGAAGGCAGAGACAUGGCUAACAGGAUCAGCGCAUUUGGUUAUCUGGAGUGCUCUGCUAAAACUAAAGAGGGUGUGCGGGAGGUGUUCGAGAUGGCCACCAGGGCAGCGCUGCAGGUCCGCAAGCGCAAGAAGAGAAGCGGCUGUCUGCUCUUAUGAGUCGCGCGCACACACACACUUACACACUUCUGCCAAGUGCUCAAGGAACAACAUCAACUGACGUCAUCGCUGUACUGUAUUCUGCAUUUCAUGCACCUGCGACAGAGACUGACGAGCAAGAAAGCAACCCACCUGUGCUCUUAAACUUCAUGUAUGCACACAGCCCUGUCCUGCCAUCUCUGACUUUCCUUUUCCUCUAGCAGUAUAUCCUCCUGUGUCAGGGAGAAAGAUCGAUCAAUUUGAUUAUGUAUGUGUUUGUACAGAAAUCUUAGUCUCCUUCUUUCUCUCUCUCCUCAUUCCAUGUUGUAUUCAGACAUCGCUUCUUUAUGUAUUGUUUACUUAUUUGGAGUGGCCCAGUUUUUCCUGACAUUUGGAAAUUAAUGAUCAAGAAUACAUUUAUUAUUCAUUCAAA